AAAAAGGGCAUCACUAUCAGGGAUAGGCAUCUGGCAGCACAAACCGUCUGUUAAGCUCUGAGAUUUUCCGACGAAGUGAGCAAGAAAAUGAGCGGAGCGGGUAAGAAAGUCGCCGAUGUGGCACUGAAGGCGUCAAGGGCCAUAGACUGGGACGGGAUGGCGAAGCUUCUGGUCACCGAUGAGGCUCGCAAAGAGUUCGUCACUCUCCGCCGCGCAUUUGACGAGGUCAAUUCCACCCUUCAGACCAAAUUCAGUCAGGAACCUGAACCCAUAGAUUGGGAGUACUAUAGAAAAGGAAUUGGAUCUCGCUUGGUGGAUAUGUACAAAGAGGCUUACGACAGCAUAGAGAUCCCCAAGUAUGUAGACACAGUAACUCCUCAGUACAAGCCUAAAUUCGAUGCACUGUUGGUGGAAUUGAAAGAAGCAGAAGAGAAAUCCCUGAAGGAGUCUGAGCGUUUGGAAAAGGAAAUUGUUGAAGUACAAGAGAUGAAGAAAAAGAUUAGCACCAUGACUGCAAACGAAUACUUUGAGAAGCAUCCAGAGCUGAAGAAAAAGUUCGAUGAUGAAAUCCGUAAUGAUUACUGGGGUUAUUGAUUCUUCCACCAACUUGUUCAGUUCGGCAUAAUUUCUCAAUAUUCUCUCAUCUCAUGUUUGUUGAGUAAUAAAUAUAACCGUCUUUUACUCUGUAACCUGGUUGCUUGUGGUUUGGGGGUUUGAGCUUUGGCAAAACCAUGUCAAAAAUAGGGUUUUCUUUGUACGGUGCAGAGACAUUCGUUUUGAUGCGUAUAAAAGGUGGAUUUGAAUCUGCAAGAUGAUUAAAGGAUCAAGAUUUCUAUUCA